AUGGCCAAAACUAAGAAUGCCCAACCAUCCAAGAAGCCCACUCGUGGCUCUGCUUCUGCUUCACCGGUGUCUCCGCCUGCGCCGCCUGCUCCAGCAACCGGAGCUUCUGAGGAGGUUGAAGGAAGAAUUGAAGGGAAAGAAAUUCUUGAUGAUGUUUGGAACGAGUCUUAUAGGACAAUUGCUGGCAAUUAUUUGUCAACUUUCAGAAACAUCUUUGAUCUCAAUGACUAUCAAGAUUUGCAAGUAAUUGAUAGGAAAAUUGUGGACAAGUGCAAAGGUCUUCCCUUAGCAGUAAAAUCUCUUGGUGGGUUAUUGCGUUCUGAACCAAAUUCCAAAAAAUUAGAGGACAUACUUAUCAGUGACACAUGGGAGGAGUUGUACAUGAAGGAGGGUUCCAUUCUUCCAGCUUUAUGGUUAAGCUAUCGCCACUUACCUUCACAUCUCAAGCAAUGUUUUGCGUAUUGUUCCAUAUUUCCCAAAGAUUAUCAAUUUGAAAGAGAAAAAUUUAUCUCCAAAUGCAUGACCUAA